AUGCUUCUCUUUUCAUUUGCUAGACAAUACUCGCCAAUAUUUAUUUGUAAAAAUUGGAAACAAGCUUUAAGAAUGAUCAUUCAAUUAAGCUCAUGGUAUUUUUGCUCUCAUGCCCUAGUGGUGUUUUUGAAAAUUUGGAUUUCUGAUCACAGUUGCAAUAUUCAUCCAAAUUCUGUUUCUGGACAUUACAAUUUUGUACUUUAUUCAUUAAUAACGACAUAUUAUGGUUGUGCAAUGGUUGGGUGGAGAGACAAAAAGUUUUGGAUUUUCUAUUCAGUCUCUUUAGUUUUUGGAGUUUCAGUAAUGUUGGACACGCUAAUUUUUGGAUAUCAUUCAUUAAGACAAUGUAUUUAUGGUUCUACCAUUGCCCUCCUCUCGUCAUAUGUUAUUUGUAAACUCAUCAUCUCAAAGAAGCAUACCUUUCUCAUUGCUAUGGCAUAUCUAUGCUUGAGCUUAUUUGCACGUUUGGCGUGGCAAAAUAUAUUUUUCAACACCUCCACAACUCAUCCUCAUACCAAACACCCAGAAAAGAGAAGUAUUGCACAUGUUUAUUUACCGCCUGCUGUGCUGAUUGCCGUUCAGUUCUUACUCGAGAAAGGCAUGCCUUCAGAAUAG